AUCACAGCCCAGAUUCUCCACACGUGGUUCAGAACCCGGAAGACAACACCUGGGAGGAAAGUAGAGCCAGGGUUGGAGUAGCUGCGCAAAGACUCAUGAAGGCGGCUGUGUUGCACGUGACCCUGCCUUUCGCGCUUUGCGUCGCCUUGGCGAACACAAACCUGUUUGACUCGGUGGCGGUGGACUUCUCGUAUGAGCACUACGCGGAGAGGCGCGUGGAGCGCCUGCCCGCCGUCCUGGCUAUGCCAUGUAACUGUCUGGUCAACUUGGCCUACGUCUGCGUGGGGCUUUACUGGCUGCGGUGGCGCGGAAGCGGCGCGGAAACAGAACAGGAAACUUAUAUGAGACACGUCUUUGCGUUCAUGGCUAUGUUUUAUGCCCCUGUGCAGUGGACGCGGUUGGCGCUGCUGCGGCGCGCACCCGCCGUGCUCGACCAGUGGGUCACUUUGCCCAUCUUCGCGUGGGUUCCGAUAUGGAUCCGUUUUAUAGAGCGCGGCCCGGCGAAGUGGCGCGCGUCACAUGCGGCGGCGCUCGAACUUUGUUCUCUCCUCAGCUACGGCCUGGCGCUGGUGCACGAGCGCGGCUUCGAGCUGGCGCUGGGCUGUCACGUCGCCCUCGCGCUUUAUGAAGCUGUGCGCGUGCAUGCGACGCGCGGAGACGCUCGCACGCGGACGCAUCUCGCGCUGGCGGCGCUGUCGUGCGCCGGCUUCGUGGUCCUGAAGCUGCUGGACCACUGGCUCGCUGCGUGGCCGCUGUUCCAGCGCUUCAGCGGACACUUCUGGUCCAAAGUGUGCGACGUGCUGCAGUUUCACUUCAGCUUCUGCUUCCUGACGGCGCUGGGACAGAGCAGCCGGAGGAGGCGCCAGUGAGAUUAGAAGGAACCUGUCGGAACCAGGGAUGCUCACCGUGGGACCAACCCGUCCACUCACUGGACAUGUGGAGCGCACUCUAUUAAGACGCUGUUUAUUCAGGAUUUCGAACUUACGUUGAGUGUUCAUGAAUCACAAACGUUAUUAAUAUAUUAAACACAAAUUAUGAAAUCA